AACCAGCUGAUUAUAAACAGUUGCAGUAAAAACUACAACUCCCAGAACUCAUCACGGUACAUCAUCCAAUAAAAAUCUAGCUCAGGCCAAGACCCAGUUUUUAGCCAAUGAGAUUCCAGGAAGCUGGAUUUCUAAGGACGCGUCACAGCUUCCGUCAGUUCAUGGAAAGGUAACGUUGGAGGAAACUUGAGUGUUGGGGAUUCAAAUUCUUUUUUCAAAAAAUUUCACAAGGGAGACCGAUCACGACCGGCUUCCUUCCCUUCGUCAGCGGUGUGUUUUCAGUCUCAAGAGUUCAUGACGGUCCCCGAAGACGACUCCAUAGCUCUUAUCAUGCCUAUCCGAGCAGAGUGCCUCUGUACCAGCCCAUCCUCGGCCUGUCUUGUUCCCCCUGCCCCGAUCAACGCUCAGCAGCCCGGGCUGGCUACUUCGCUGCUGUACAGCGGCUCGCAGUUUCGGGGUUACCAGAGGAGCAAAGGCAACUCUUACGACGUGGAGGUUGUUUUGCAGCAUGUGACUACGGAUGACUCAUAUUUGUGUGGAUACUUGAAGAUCAAAGGCCUCACAGAGGAGUAUCCCACGCUCACAACGUUUUUUGUCGGUGAAAUUAUCAGCCGCAAGAGGCCUUUUCUAACGCGGAAGUGGGACGCCGAUGAAGACGUGGACAGGAAGCACUGGGGGAAGUUUCAGGCUUUUUACAAGUACGCCAAAAACUUCAACUCCGAUCAUUUUGACUUCAAAGCGCUGGAAGAUAGCGAUUAUAUCUUCAUGAGGUGGAAGGAGCAGUUUUUAGUUCCAGACCACACAAUCAAAGACAUCAGCGGCGCCUCGUUUGCGGGUUUCUACUACAUUUGCUUUCAGAAGUCCACAGCCACCAUUGAGGGCUACUAUUACCACAGGAGCUCAGAGUGGUACCAGUCACUAAGUCUAAACCAUAUUCAGGAGCACAGCAUGCCUAUUUACGAAUUCCGGUGAUCUGAAACAACUCUGCUGGACGGAGGAGACGCUGGGCUGCAUUUGAAUGAGCGGCGGAAGAAAACCACGUUGGAGAUGACGCGUUUGGCUCAGUGGGGGAGAAGAGGGGGGCUAAGGGGCCAAAUUACCGAGCUGCAGAACCAAAAACGGACACGAUGAGGAGAUUUAAGUGAGAUUUGUGCGGUUCAGACAGAGCUGAUGUCAGAUAAUCAUCGCCUGCUCUGGUUUUGGCUUGCAGAGCUUUGCCUUACACCCCAGAAAACGGUUUGUGGGAGGAAAAGUGGUUUUUCAGUAAUAUUAAAUACAAUAUUUUGAGGGAAUAUGUUUGAUCCCUCUCGGUCACUUCUGUUUCUUACUACAGGAUAACAGAACCCAUCAGCGACCGGCAUGAAUGUGAGACGGCUGAUUUAGUUUGGACACACACACACACACACACACACACACACACACACGUUGUUUUUAUGUUUUCUCUUUAUGCCAGAGAUUACUAGCUGAACUGCUAGCCCUCUGUAGUGCACCAUAAUUCUGAGUCAUGAUGAGUAAAAUAACGGGAUUUCCAUGUGCGUAAGGAACUCGACACAUGAAGAGCAGAGUUUUAAAUUCUCUAUUUUGUGUGAAUUUAAAAAAUAAUAUUUUUUUUGUGGGUUUAUAACGUCCUGAGGAGGACAAAAUAUUAAAAACGUCUUUUGACUAAUGAAAGGAAGAGGCAAGAACAAAUCUGUUGAUGUUUUCUUUUUAAGGACAAAAUGUUUAAUAUGAAAAGUAACAUAUUUUUAUGGUUGGGGAGUGAAAAUGCUGGAAAUGUCAAAAAUAGUGUUUCUGAACAAGUUUGAUGUGGAGGUUUGUGUACAUUAUUUAUGUUCUCACAGCUGGAAUAUUUAAACAUGUGGGACAAGAUGCUGUGAUGCAGGAAAAUAUGUUAAUUCCCAUACACUGGGAAUAUUUAUUUGAAUCAUUUAAAAGGAAGCAGAAUGCCAUAAAAUGAGUGAAUGUUCAUUUAUUGGAGAAUAAUUCUAAUUUAAAGAUGUUAUGUCCCACAAAGAUGUGAGAAAUAAAGUACUCGUCUGUCAGCUCCUCUGUUCUAAUCUAUAAAGCUCAGUUUGAAAAGUUA